AGGGUUAAAAACGUUAAUUUUAAUAGCGUUCCUGAACUGGAAAAAUGAAGUCCAACUCUUAAUUCAGUUGGAAAACAGUUCCGCAUCAGGCGAACUAAAGAUGCCGCGAAAUUGUAACCAUAGAAGUAGUGAACACUUAUACAAGAGGAAACCAUGAUUGCUUCUGGCAGGAAGAGAGGGUCGUAAUUGAAACACUGAAAAUCACGAACAUCAGACCUUGAUUUAAGAUUUGAAAAUAUUCGAUUGUGAGUAUGUCGCUCUGGAUUUUCUUCUUAAAGCUAUAAUCAAUGGUUAAUGCAUACUUUACACUCCGUUUUCUUAUGAUAGACACUACAUUACUUUUUAGGUUGCGCAAUAUUUAAGAAAAUAUUUCCAGCUGGGAAUCACGUCAAUUUUUGACAUGUAAAGCAUAGAUUUCCUUCAAGGUCAUUGUUAAAAGGAGAUGCUAUUUACAGCUCUAACUUUCUAGAAUUAUGAACCAGGUAUGAUGAAUCAAAAGAACGUAUUUUUCUUAAUCCAAUGCAUGCAUUGUGCAGGAGCGUUGCGUAUUCGUCUGGUUAAUUUAACGUUCCAUGUCAGAACGUGUGCGUCUCGGUUCACGAAUUCUUAAACCUUCUCUUGUAGUCAAUGCGAAAAGAACAAUACAUCUCACGCCUUCUCAGUCAAAUUAAGUUUUUCUUGACGCCUACGUGAGUUCUAAAACUUGUCUAAGGAACAUUAACAGCUGGUGUACAUUACUCACGUCACUAGUAAUCACGAGACGUUUUCUAGUACUUGCAUUUGGUUGGUACAAAAAUAGGAGAGCCAAAGAAUAAAUCUGCCAAACAAAGGAAAGCAUUGUUUUUUAAUAACUUACCAAAAGAAGAAUCGUGCCAUUUUGCACUUUAUUUUGUCUGUUUAAACUAAACGCAAACUUUUAUCAGUCAAAAUACUUGUUGGCACGAUAUUUAAUUUCCGUACGCCGAGGCAUUACUGCGGUUAAUGGACUUGUUGAUAUAAUUCGCAUGAGGUUAAUUAUGUAGGAACAUCAGUUAAAUCACAAGUCACGUCUUGUACCCGAUACCUCUCUGAAUGUAUCAUCGUGUAAUUGCAUUAUGUCAAGAAAGUUUUCCUGUAUGGUACUGUGAGGCUCUCUGAGGAAAAUGCGGUUUUAAUUUGGGAUAUCAUGAUCUAUUUUAGGAGGGAAGACGGAUGAGGCGACGCCCCUGUGCUUGCAAAACAAUUUGAAUUCGAACGUGAUCAGAUAAAAUAGCUGAGCUGCAUCCGCUUUCUUCUACGAUCACCAUCUGUAGAACUUUGCCAUAAAUACAUCAUCCUUGUACUCAAAGCAUUCAAGGUGAGUGAUCGUGCUUUUUCCACUCUGCAGCUAAUGAAUUAGUAAAAACGAGAGAAGUCAAAUUCUUUUACAACAGACUUCUAAGUCUCAUUUCCGAGCAAAGUAUUUUAUUUGUUUGAGCUUAUGGACACUUUUCAGGGGGAGCGUUGAACUGUCUUACAAAUUCCAUUUCCGCGAACACCAGUUUGUUUUUUUUAAUUUUUAGACAUUCUUCAAGGAAUCUUGGACUCCAUUUUUUUAAAUAGGACUGUUUUAACAAACAAAGUCAUUUGAUAACCAAUGAUAAACACAUUUCAUUCGCAUGAAAUUACAUCUGCAAAAAGAACUUUGAGAGCAAAUUAGUGUUAAUAGGCUCAAAAGGGCUAUAAAUUACAUUUUUUUAAUCUGGGUAGCAAGUUUUUAACUAUCGCGGGUGCAUGUCACAACAUGAUGGCUUCAUAAUAGUAUGAAUUCAGAAUUUCCAAUAUUUGAAUUAACGGUGAAUUAUUCAAUAAGGUUACAUCGUGGAGAGCUACUUCAGCUGAGUCUGCUUACUCGGUAAAGCCGAAGACUGACCAAAGCCUAUAACGUCUAUAAGAAGGUGGUGGAAACAUUAAUGUUUCAGAAGUCUGUUCCUAGGGAAUUUUGGGGUGUUGAGUUCAGCAAUUCGAAGAAUAAACAAGGGAUCACACGACUUUCUAAUGGGAAAAGUGUGAUACCCUGUUCAAAAUAGGAUCGGCUGGACGUGCCCUUGAGGAUAAGCUGAGGUGUACGUUGUAGGGAUGGACAACAGAUUAGAGUAAACUCAGCGGUGAAAAAUAGAAUCAAUCAUUCUCCAAUCUGCUUUGACCGAAGGUUAAGAUGCUUCCUGUUUGUCGAUUGUAGGUUACCUAAGAUUGAUUAAUACCGGUCAUGUACCAAAAACGAAACAUUGGUAUCCUUUUAUUUUUCUGAUCUAUUUUUAAACUCGUCAUCUGUUCGCCCCUAUAUUUUCGUGAGGAGAUGAAAGAAAUUGAUCAUCAAAAACCGUAAGUUUAGCAUAAUAAUUUUAAGGCUAUAUGAAUCUUAUAUCUUGGACCUCUGCGAUUUCUUUACAGGGAUAAAUAUGUUUUGUUUAGUUGUGCUUGUCGUGGAAUUCCUUCUUCUCACUAAGCUCAAGGCGUCACCGACAGAGAAUUGUAACGCAGUAGUCUCCAGUACUUGUUUACAACAGUGCAGAAAUAGGUCCCCAUGUAGGUGCGGCUUCACAUCCGGGGAUUCGCGUUAUACCACGUGCAACCAGACCUGCCACGACUCCAGCUGCAAGAUCAUGACGUGUUCAUCUGGGACUUGUUUCCAGCAAUGCCAUGACUGUCACAUGGAGUGUACAAGUGGCGUGGAUUUUUGUAGCCAGCGGUGUCUCUCUGGAGCAUGCUCUUUUGUGUGUGAAGCCAAGCGCUGUGUUCAAGAGUGUAAAGGACAGGAAUGUGAUCAUGAGCACGUGACCCCAAUAUGUCGAACCAUUAUUCCAAGUGUUUAUCUUUUGGUGCUGGCGGGUCUCUUCGCGGCGACCACCAUUUUGUCUUUCUGGGCGCUGAUGUUGUCAUUUAGAGAAAUGAAAAAUUGGGAUAGGCGGGAAACCUAUUUCAGAGUUAAAAGCAACAGUAGCAGUCUUGACAGUCUGUGUUCUGUAGAUUUAAAAGAUCCUUAAAGAAAAACCAGUCACAAUCAUAACUUAAAGAUUCAGAGUGAGAGACUGGGGCGAUAGAUCAUAUUAACCUGCGCGUGACAUUAUGGUGUGUGUGACUGCGUCGAACUGAUGCGACUUUGAUAGUUGGGCAGUUUAAUUAGUGAACCAUAGUCAGGAUCGUGACCAGCAUUGAAUGCGUGACAAUGUAUAGUAAGCGCACCGUUACGGUAAUUGAGAACUCUUACGUAACCAGUUAUGUCAUUGAGAGAAAGACUGGUGAGACCACGCGAAGGAGUCUUAUAAAACAUCAUUAAGAAAUUAAAAUAAGUUUAAACGUAAAUUAAAACUAUAAAUGAUUGAUUUGAUAAGGCGAGUAACGCAAUAGUCCUUUUACCACGAAUAGACGAUAAAGUUAAUAGUAAAAUGUACUCCUAGUAAAAUGAUUACGAUAACGAAGUACAUUCACAGAGCAUCCUACUGAGUGCGUUAGCAUUUUUAAACCUUCAAUUUCUAAGAUGUAAUUGUCCGUUCUCCCGUUUACCUGUCACACGUUUUCUUGUAAGGCAGUUUCGAGAAGUUGGUGUUAGAUCAAGAUAAGAUCUACCUGAGAAGUAUGAAUAUUCUCAUUAUCUGUUUGCUGAAUAUUGAACAGAUGUUACGAGGAGAAAUUACAUGUCAAUCACUUCUAGGAGUGAAAGGGUUAACUUAAGGAUUGACUCAUACAAACAGUACAUUUAGAGGUACCAUUUUCAAUAAAAAAGGGUCUGCUUUGGACGUGAAUUUUGUCACGACGCCUCUCGAUUCGAUUACCAGGCUCGUGCACUGGCCGCUGUUUGUGAAAUGAGGAUGCACUCAUGAUGCACGGAUGAGUUAAUCAUAGGAAGUGUUUUUCAUUCAAAAAAAAGAAACAAACAG